AUGCUCAUCGAGAAGUGGCUCAACGACCACUUUGGUUUGUCCAACCUUGUUUAUCGACGCGGCGCGGUGGUCGGCGAUGGCGUGUUAGAAGGCGACGGCGUGUUCGACGGCGCCGGCGUAUUAGAAGGCGACGGCGUGGCCGAGUUGGAGGGCGAUGGCGUGUUGGAAGGUGACGGAGUGGUGGACGGCGACGGCGUAUUCGAGGGCGACGGCGUGGCCGAGUUGGAGGGGGAUGGCGUGGUAGAGGGCGACGGCGUGGUGGAAGGCGACCAACCCCCAUUCAAAACAAAAGGCCGGAUAGAGAAAAAGGGGAAAAGAUGA